AUGGACCUCCUCCAGUCGGCCGAGUUUUCCGACCGCACGCAGAAGGCCAUCGAUCGCCACCAUGUGACGGGGCUCGCCAUCGCCCUCGUCCAGGACGGGAAGCUGGCCUCCAAGGGUUUCGGCAAGGCCUCGCUGAACCCACCCCGAGACUUCACGGCCGAUUCGCUCAUCUGCGUCGGCUCGGCAUCCAAGUCUCUCACGGCCGCCGCCGUGGCCCUGAUGGUCAACGACGACGAAAAGUAUCCCGAGGUUCAGUACGAGGCGACCAUGUCCAGCCUGCUGCCGGACGAUUUCGUCAUGCCCGGGACGGACCACGCCCACGUGACGCUGGAAGACGUGCUCAGCCAUCGUACCGGCAUGCCACCCCACGAGAUGGCCCUUUUCGGUGCCCAGGCAAAGAGCCCCAAUCGUGCCGACGACGCGCGCUCGAUCACGAGGAAACUGCGACACCUGCCCGUGGUGGCGGCCAACGGAGAAAAGUUCGUCUACUGCAACAUGAUGUACACGGCGGCGAGCCAUCUGGUGGAACAAAAGUCGGGCACCUCCUUCUCUGAUUUCCUCGAGGAGAACCUGCUCGGUCCCCUCCGCCUGGACUCGACGGCUCUCCUCCUCGAGCGCGCGCAGGAGAAGGGUUUGGGCCAUCGGGUUGCGGCGGGGUACGUGCGGUCGAGAAAGACGGGGCAGCCAAGCGAGGCUCCGCCUCUUGCGGGCACUCCCGAGUCCCAAGGGGCCGGUCAAAUUUUUUCGACGGCCAACGACUACGCCAAGUGGGUCAAGGCCAUGAUGCAUCGCGAAGGCCCCAUAACGGACCGCGUCUACCAGGGUCUCACCAAGAAGCGGAUGCUGCAGGACCCUCCGACCGAGGGCAUGAGCGAGGACCAGAUGAUAUACUACUCGUUCGGCUGGGACGUUCGCCAGUACCGAGGGCACACCAUCGUCUCCCACGACGGCGGCGACAUCGGCUGCCAAUGCAACCACUUUUUCGUUCCCGAGCUCAAGUUCGGCGGCGCCAUCUUCAGCAACUCAGACCACGCCGGUCCUCUGGUCAGCCAGCUCACGUUCCAGGUCAUCGACGAGGUGCUGCAGGGGCCGCAACCCGCCAAGUCGCUCAGGCCGAGGUCCGACGUGUCCACGUCGGGCUCCGGGACCGGUUCCGGCAGCGGCUCGGGCUCGGAUUCGGACGCCGACGAGGCUGACGAUGCCGACGGUUCGGACGCCGACGACUCCGACAGCGAGUACAUGGCCGAGGUGGAGGAGGAGUUGCUGCAAGAGCUCUGCCCGGGCAUCAAGCGACGCGAGCCCCAGAAGCUGCCCCUCGGCGCCUACAUCGGACAGUAUCGGCACGCCGGCUACGGACACAUCACCGUGGAGGAACGAGACGGUUCCCUCGUCGUCGAUGCCAUGGAUCGCUCUCUGGGUUUUAUCCUCACGCUUCAGCACGUCUGCGGCCAGACCAAGUAUCUUGCAAGGCUAAAGGUGGAUUCCUUCGAGGACGACUCGCUCAUCAAAGGAGAGUUCGAUCUCGACAAGGAGCAGCGAGCCACGAGGGUCGGGCUGCAUCUCGAGGAUGGCAUGGACGAGUACGUCUGGUUCGACAGGGUCGAGUGA